CUGAUUUCAUCAGGUAAGGAGGUACAGAGUCGCAGAAACGUAUCCAGUGCCUAUAAAACUAGCGGCCAGUUGAUCACCACCAUUCACUCCAACGUCUGACGUCCAACAUGCUGCUGCUGCUCCUGGUCACUCUGUCCUGCCUUGCGACCGUCAAGGCACAACCUACACCUUGCUGCAUGGAAACCGCUUGGUCAGCAAAAGUGUUUGAUGUUCGCGCGCCCUUCCAGGGAAAUAACGUAAAUGCUGACUUCUACUACGACUGGAACAACGGAGCUACGUCCAUUCAGUACACUGUGUAUGGAUUAAUUACGAAGUCAACCAGAAUUGUCACGUCGUAUCAAAAGAAUGAACGCUACACCAUCUUGGCCGAUGGAACAUGUACCAAGGACGCCCCAACUGGCGUGCUUCUGCCAAACUGCAUCCCGAACGACAGUACAGACCUUGGCUCAAGCUAUAUCGGCAUUGAGGGAAGCGGGUUGAAAUCCGACAACUGGUUGAUGACUAUCAAAUCUGUCAACCUAACCAUGGGCGUCACCGACCCAGGCUGUGUCUUAACCUACUUGGGUAUCUUCAACCAGGCAGCAAGUCCUGCAGAUACAGAACUAUACUUCAACGGAUAUAAAACAGGCAUCACGGAUCCAACUGCUUUCGACGUCCCCCUCUCCUGUUAAUGUGGGCAGACACACUUCAUCUUGUAGACCCGAUUGUUGUCUGUUGGACUUUACAAAAUAUACAAAUAUCUUUAUAU